AUGGUUUCAUAUGGAGGUUUUAGAAUGAAAGGCAAUCAAUGGAACCAGAAUUAUGACUUUCAGAUAAUUGCAUUCUUCAAUCUGGGUCUUAGGCAGAGUAAAUUUAAAUGUAUUAAAAAAUGCUACUGGAAUCCUCCUCAGAAUGGAUACACACUUUUUUGUUGUGAUGGGGUCUCUGUUGAUAAUGUUGGAGCUGCUGGAUUUGGUGUGGUGGUUAGAGAUCAUUUGUGUCAGGUGGUUGGAGCUUUAGCAGGUGGAAUUGGCAUAACAACCAAUUAUAUUGCAGAAAUAUAUGAUGUAGUCUGUGCAGCAGAGCUUGCAGAAGAAUGA